UGUAUCUUGCAAAACAAUAGUAAUACAGAUGUGACUAAUUAUAUUUGAAUUGAUCUGCACACCAGACGACAAUAGCGUUCAUAGCUAUAACGGCGGAAAGCAGUACAUAUAGUUGUGAUAUUCUUUUAACUCGUUGGAUCGAGCAGCAUUGUUAGGCUAUGCUUCCUUGUAAAAAGCGUAGGCACGUAACUUCCGCGAUGGCAUGUCUAUUGUUCUAGUCGCGCUAGUCACUACUCCCUAUCACUUGCAACCGUUAGGAUUUAGUUCGGGAUUGAACAUAAUUAGGGAGUCUGUUUAUCGGAAAUGUAUUUUUUUCGGCUAUAGGUACAGCUUAAACGUUUUAAAGCCGUUGUUUUGUUUGCUAUUUGGUGCCGUCGUUAGACACAGCAAAAGUAGCGACGCUUUUAAUAUUCAUUGAGCUAAAUUAAGUGUUUUGUUGUUUGAAUACCUUCAGUUAAAAUGUCGGAACAAAAAGGAGACGACAGUAACGAACAGAAAGUUACCCAGAUUGAGAUGAUUGACAUGAAUGCGGAUGGUGGGGGCGAGAAUAAAGAGGAGAGCAAGGAGGAAGAAAUGAAUCAGAAAAGUGAUGAAGGCGGUGCAAAAGAUGACGUUGAAGAUAAGAAGGGAGAAGAUUCGGAUGCGGGAGAUGAUAAAGAUGAUGGUAGGGAUGGAGAAGAGAAAAAGGGAGAAGGGGAUAAGAAAGAAGAGAAAGACGAAGAAGAAGAAAGCGACGAAGAGGAAGAGGACAAAGAGGAAGAAGACGAGGAGGGAAAAGAUGACGAUGAUGAGGAACAAGAGGAAGACGAAGAAGAAAAAGAUGACGAAGAAAGCAAUCAAAAAGAGCAAUCCUCGAACAUGAAUAACGCCCAAAGCUGUGAGGUAUUGGUCGAACCAAGAGACGAUUGUGAUUCAGAAGUACACGAGUCGUGCUGGGAUAGGUUCUUACACCUCUGGCGACGCUACAAAUUGGAGAUGAUCAUAGGAACCGUCAUAAUUAUUUUACUGAUCGUCGUUUUUGUGCUGAUUGGCACUUUGGCAGCCACGCCUGCAGGAAACUCUAAUAGCGCUGGUAACACAGGUUCGGUUACUACUCAAGUUCCAAUGAUACCGACACAGUCUCCAGCAACAACAGCAGUUGUACCAACAACAACACCAGCACCAGUUGUAUCAGCCACCACUCCUAUAGCAGCCACACCAACCACACCAUCUAUGACCACCCAGCAAGCAACUACAGUACAAGUAACACAGCCAUCGGCAACUACGAACGCCAGUGUUGUGACAACAACAACCAGCAAUGUAAUCCCAACACGGCAGCCAAAUGGCACUGUUUCAAUGCCAAAUAUCACUGCCAGUGUUACCAACGGAGCCACAUCAUUUACAACAUUCCCUUCUGCUACACAAUCAACAACAAGACCCACUACUCUCCCAAUGGCAAGCAACCAAACCACAGUUGCCAACACCAACACCACCGCUUAAUCAAGGAACUCAAUACGACUUUGCGAAUUUAUUAUUGAAGUCUUCUUGCUUCCUCCAGUCGUCUUCAUGUACCAGUAUUGGCUUCAGCAAGAGACAGUGUGUUGUAAAGCAGGGUUGAGGAAGAUGGGACAACUUUUUAGUCUAUUUUUUCGUCUCAUUUGGUAGUAAAAAGAACACUCCAGGAAUUAUAAAACCGUAUCUUCACGACUCCUAUAGACCUUUGGUAAUUGUGUAAAACACAAUCAGGAUAAUUUGAGCUAAAGACGUACCGUCUUCCCCACCCUACUCUAUUUUUUUCCAUAUAAAUUUCACCCAAGUUAGGAAACAUUCUAAUUGCUCUAUAUCGCGAUGCGUGCAUUGCAUAUUCUAAUGACGUCAGUUUCCCACUUCCGUCUAUUGUUUGUCUUCCAUAUCGCCGGCUUUUGUCAUUUCAGCUUCUGACGUAAAGUUUCACAUAAUCCACUGUUUUCAAUAAUCCCCACGCGCCUAUGUAAUAACACGGUAUUAUAGUCACGCUGGUUCCUUUAUAUAUUUUGCUUAACUGCAUUUUCGAUAGCCACAAACAUUUGGUUUACUUUUGUUUCCAUUAAAGGUAAUGUCAUCGACAUCGCUGUAACUUUGCCCACAUGUAUUGUUUACACAAUGUUUGUUGUUAUUUUUUUUGUACAUAACUUUCAAUCAUGUAUAUACACAUCCGUUUACGCCUACACUGUACUUACGUAACUGUUGCCAUUCGAUUAUUCCGAUAUAUUGCGUCAUAUGAUGACGUAUUUGUUGACGCAAUUUUGUAACUUUCAGCGGAAAAUAUAAUAAAUUACUACAAACCAGAAA